UUGGGGAUCUUUUUCGACGGAGGUGAUACAGCAUCUCUUGGCAAAAUGCCGCUCCUCCUGCUCUCGGGUUUCCCUUCGAGUGGCAAGACCACACGAGCUCACGAAAUAAAGAGUUACUUGGAAAAUGAGAAGACCAAGACUGUCGUUAUAGUGAGCGAAGGUGAUUUGCUCGAAAAGGAAAAGAAUGAGAUCUUUAGUGAUUCAACACGAGAGAAGGACAUCCGCUGUGCUCUCAAGGCUGACGUCCUGCGGUUGUUGAACAAAGAGGAUGUGAUAAUUUUGGAUGCUGCGAAUUACAUCAAAGGCUACAGGUAUGAGCUUUAUUGUGCAUCAAAGCAAAUUAAAACCACACAGUGCUUGGUUCAUUGCUUGGCACCUAUUGAACAGGCAUGGACAUGGAACCUUGCAAGACCAGAAGCAGAGCAAUAUACACGAGAGGCAUUUGACGGACUGGUAAUGAGAUAUGAGGCACCAAACAGUAGUAACAGAUGGGAUUCUCCUAUGUUCACCGUUUUGCCAGAAGACUCCCCUCCAUGUGAAUCCAUUUAUAAUGCUUUAUACUUGUGCAAACCACCUCCACCUAACCAGUCUACACAGACUCAGCCGCUAUCAUCCACAAACUUUCUCUUUGAGCUUGAUCGUACGACACAGGAAGUGGCAGGGUGUGUUAUGUCAGCCCAAAAGACACUAGUUCCUGGAGACACCAUCAAGGUUCCUGGAGUUGGAGAAUCGGUGUGUUUUGGGCGUAAGGUAACACUGGCAGAAAUAACACGAGCCCGACGGCAGUUCAUCUCCUACACAAAGACGCAUCCUGUUGAGGACACCAGCAAGCUAAUGGCCUUGUUUGUUCGAUACCUCAACAGUACUUUAGGCUGAUAUUCAUAACACGGAAUAAGAAAAAAAAAUUAAACGCUAUUUAAUCGUACAGUAUUAAUAAAUUGGUUCUUGGAUAAAUAUUUUUAUGUAUUUACUUUCCAAUAAAUUGUACCAUGAACAAACUUAA